AUGGCCUCGAAAAUGCCUCUGCCUGCUCCACCUAGGACCCCUACGCCGCCUCCUGACGAGAACGCGCCCCAGCCCGUUGGACUAGGAUUCCGAAGCGAUCUGGCUGUUGGAGAUAUGGGGCCUAACAAUAAUGCGCUGCUUUCGCCCAUGUCCGCGACGUUCCCCUCCAAGCAGUAUGCGACUCUCGGACCCAGUGACUCGGUCUCUCAAAGAGCCUCGCCUGCGACUUUGUAUACACCUGCGAGCGCGACCUUUCCAUACACGCCCGCGAGCGACUCAACCAUGAAUCUUGACGCGCCCCCAUCUAUCAACGGGUCAGAGAACCCCAAUCCGUUCAAUUUCCAGUCUGUCGCCUACCAACCGGGUCGACCCCAGACAAAGGCCAAUGAUAUCGGCCGAAGACGGGGACACAAGUACAAGCACAGUAGUGUAUCGCAUCAGAUCUUCCUGGAACCCGCACCGCGCGCUCCGCUCCAACUACCUGCCUCGCUUCCCAUCCCGACGUUCAAAGAGUACCGCUCGUCCAUGUCCAAAGACCAGAAGUUGCGGCUGGCAUGGUGUUUCUGCCAUUUGGUGGUAGCCGGUCUUGUACAAUGGGGCGCACAUGAAUCCUUGGCACUGACAGUAUUGUCUCGUUUGAUCUUCUACGAUGCACUUGGAGCAUUUCUAUGUGUGGCUGUAGACGUUGGAUCCAACUUUGAAGUAUGGAAGCGAUCUAGCAUACGACAUCCAUUCGGCUUUGAGCGUCUGGAGGUUAUCGCAGGACUAGGCAUGUCGGUUGGGCUACUGUUCAUGGGACUGGACCUGAUAUCGCACGGUUUGACGCACGCGCUCGAGAAUACAGGAGGACAUGAGGCGCAUCAUGCGGAUACUCACGAGCGUGUAUCUCCCGGCAGCAUUGAUCUUGCGGCCUUGUGUGGUAUUGUCUCGACACUAGUCUCGGCGAUCCUGCUGAAGAACCACGCCCGCAUAGGCAAGGUUAUGAGGCUGAGUGCGAUUGCUAACCUACCCUCUGUGCUGAGCAAUCCCUCGCAUUUCCUGACGUUAUCAUGCUCAUCACUACUCCUCAUAUUGCCACUUUUGAGCAUUCAGAUGUAUGUCUGGCUUGAUCGAACCCUCUCAUUUUCAGUUGCCUUCUCCAUGGUAGCACUAGGAUGGAUUCAAGGAUGGACACUCGGCAAAAUGCUGCUAAUGUCUUACUCGGGUCCGGGCGUGUCAGACAUCAUGUACGACCUGGAGACAGACCCAGCAGUCAGAACGGUAGAGGAGGCAAAAUUUUGGCAGGUACACUACGGCCUCUGCCAGGCGAACCUGAAACUUCGAGUACGGAAUUUGGAGGAAAUUGGGCGUCUGCGCGAUCGCAUUGGCAGUAUGGUGCGGAACCGCUUGGGCGGCGGAUACGGGAGCAGCGGGCAGAGAUGGGAAAUUUCGACCCAAAUUACACUCGAGAAGGACUGA